AUGUCUUACUCAUCAGAAGAGGAAACAGAUAUCAGCGAGUCGGAGUUGGAGGAAUAUAGUGAUAAAUAUUAUGAGCAGUUGAAGAAUGGAAGUGUGAAGGUGCAAAUUUCAGAUGAGAAAUAUAGAUGCCCAUUCUGUCAUGGGAAGAAGCAGAAUUAUGCCUAUAAGGACCUCCUACAGCACGCAGAUGGUGUUGGGAAGGGCUCACGGAAGAGGGGUAUAAAAGAGAAGGGGAUGCAUUUAGGUUUGGCGAGGUAUAUGAAAAAUUAUCUUGACGUGAAGAGGUCACCGCCACUAGAAUCCACAAGACAGAAUAGUGACUAUGUUAAAGGCAAAGAUGUGAAUGAGCUGUUUGUUUGGCCUUGGAUGGGAAUCAUAGCUAACAUUCCCCUUGAGCAGAAGGACGGAAGGUAUAUUGGGGGAAGUGGAUCAAAGCUUAGAGAUGAUCUUGCCAGGAAGGGUUUUAACCCUGUGAGGGUUCAUCCUCUGUGGAACUAUAGAGGUCAUUCAGGGUAUGCAAUAGUAGAGUUUAACAAAGAUUGGCCUGGAUUCAGUAAUGCAAUGAUGUAUGAGAAGACUUUUGAAGCAGAUCACAAGGGAAAGAGGGAUUAUUAUGGAUCAAAAUGCCUCGGAGACAAGUUGUAUGGAUGGGUUGCAAGGGAUGGCGAUUUCUAUUCCAAAAGUAUCAUUGGUGACCAUCUCCGAAAGACUGGGGAUCUGAAAACAAUUUCUGAGAUUGAAGCUGAAGACGAGAGAAAAACUACAAAACUUUUGUCCAAACUGACCGAUGUUAUUGAGGAGAAAAAGAUGUACCUUAAGGAGAUGGAGUGUAAAUAUAAUGAAACAUCGCUAUCCCUAACCAAGCUAAUCACUCAAAAAGAUGAGAUGCACCGAACUUAUAAUGAAGAGAUACAAAAGAUGCAGCAGAAUGCAAGGGAUCAACUUGAAAGGAUCUCCAAGGAGCAUGAAAUGAUCACUCUGCAGUUGGAAGCCCAGAGCAAAGAACUCAAGCACCGUGAGAAGGAAUUGAUGGAACGGGAGAUCCACAAUGAAAAUGAGAGAAGGAGGCUCUACUGUGAGAAGAAAAUGAGAGCAACCUUGGAGCAAAAGAAGGUGGAUGGGAAUGUUUUAAGAUUGGCUGAAGAUCAAAAGAGGGAGAAAGAAAAACUUCACAAAAGAAUUAUUGAACUAGAAAAGAAGCUUGAUGCCAAACAGGUACUGGAGUUGGAGAUAGAGCAAAUGAGAGGGGCUUUACAAGUAAUGAAACACAUAGGAGAAGGAGAGGAUGGGGAUACAAAAGUCAAGAAAAAGAUGGAUGCAAUCCAUGAAGAUCUGAAAGAGAAGGAAGAAGAACUUGAAAGCCUAGAAGCAUUGAGUCAAGCUCUCAUUGUCAAGGAGCGCAAAAGCAAUGAUGAACUGCAAGAAGCCCGGAAGGAGUUAAUUAAUUUCUUCAAGGAACAGUCUUCCCGUUCUAUUGGUGUCAAACGGAUGGGAGAGCUUGACAGUACUUCAUUCCACCUUUCAACCAAAAGAAAGUACUCUAAAGAAGAAGCAGAAGAAAAGGCUAUGGAGCUUUGUUCGUUGUGGGAGGAUUACCUGAAGGAUCCAAGCUGGCAUCCAUUUAAGGUCAUCGCAAUUGAAGGCUGUGAGGACCAUAAGGAAAUUAUCAAUGAAACGGACGAAAAACUGAAAGAUCUGAAAAAUGAGUUUGGCGAAGAGGUAUACUCUGCUGUGACAAUUGCCUUGAUGGAGAUGAAUGAGUACAACCCCAGUGGAAGGUACACAAUACCAGAGCUGUGGAAUUUCAAAGAUGGAAAGAAAGCGACAUUGAAGGAAGGACUAUCUUAUGUACUGAAGCAGUGGAGAAUGUAUAAACGGAGAAGGAACUAGAUGUUGAAAAUAGAAUGACUCUACAUAGGC